UCGCUUUCUAACUUGGCGAAACGUUGUCAACAACUGGUCCAGAGAAGAAGAAAAUGAUCAUUUAUUUUAACUCCCGUUAGCACCAUAUGUUGGACUAAAAUUGUCUCUUAUGUUUUUUAGUUGCCGGAAUUGAAAUACAGACAAAUAUACUCCGUUUAUUUACACAGGCCAAUCAUGACGAUUGAAGCUGUCAGUGGCUAACAUUAGCCCUCUGAAUGCUGCUCUGGCUGUUUUAGUCUGAGGGGAGGCUGCUGAUAAACUGUGAGCUGGUUGUUGUUUGGGGGGUAAACCUGUAAACAUCGUCUCAAUCAGACGUCCUUGGAGGUUCGGAGUCUUUUUCAGAUCCUUUAGGAAAGAAGGGGGGCUUUGAGAGAAAUCACCAUGGAUCUGUUUGACAGCAACGCCGCAGAGCGAGCUAACCUGCCGAGGAACAUGAUCGAGAACAGUAUGUUUGAAGAAGAGCCUGAUGUGGUGGAUUUGGCCAAAGACUCAAGCGCAUUUCCAGCAUUUCCCACACUGGACCCUGAUGAAGUGGCAUAUGAGCCUCGAAGCUCACGGUUGCUGGUGCGUGGCCUGGGAGAAAACGACAUGGACGACGAUGAAGAGGACUGCGAAUCUUCUGCGCGUCUCCUGGGAAUGUCUUUCAUGAACCGGAGCUCUUCUCACAGAUCCAACUCAUCUCCUUACAUCAGGCAGUCUCCACCGAGGACUUGUUCACGACCUUCAGCUCGAACCAUGGUUGUAUGUGUGUUGGUUUUAGUGAUAGUAGCUUCGUUGGCAAUGGUGCUGUACUUCUUACCUGGCUGCACCUUUACCAGGGACGGCUGUCCUAAGGCCAAUAAGACCGCACCUCUUGAGCCAGUCUACCCUAAUUCCACCAACGGUGAACUGUUUCCAUGGGCCGAACUCCGACUGCCUCGCAGCAUCCGACCACUCAGCUAUGAGCUCACCUUGACCCCCAACCUCGACAACAUGACCUUUACUGGCAUAGCUGUCAUUGAAAUGUCUGUAUCUCACAACACAAAGCGAAUUGUGCUCCAUGCUGCUAAUCUCAACAUUACCAAAGCUACGUUUAAGCUCGGGGACGGGGGGGCCCAGGAUGUGACUGUGUUGGAGUACAAACCCAGGCAGCAGAUUGCUGUUAAGUUCUCAGAAGAGCUAAAAACAGGACAGCACUGUGUUUUAACCUUUGAUUACUCAGCUAACCUCUCACACACCUAUGAUGGUUUCUACAACAGCUCGUACACUGAUAAAGAUGGAAACAAAAGAGUUCUGGCAGCAACACAGUUUGAACCACUGUCAGCCAGAAAGGCCUUCCCCUGUUUUGAUGAGCCGUCUUUCAAAGCUACUUUCCUGAUAAGAAUCAAUAGAAAACCAACCUACAUGACUCUUUCCAACAUGCCUCAGGCCAAAACCACGCCUCUCCGCAAUGGCCUUGUGCAGGAUGAGUUUGAGAAGACCAAUGUCAACAUGAGCACUUAUCUGGUGGCAUUCGUCGUUGCUAACUUCACUUCUGUCAGCAGCACUGCUUCAGGAACAAAGGUUUCUGUAUAUGCUGUGCCAGAAAAGAAGGAGCAGACUGACUUUGCUUUGGCUGCAGCUUCCAAACUGCUGCAGUUUUAUAAUGAAUUCUUUGAGAUUAAAUAUCCGCUGAAGAAACUAGAUUUGGUGGCCAUUCCUGACUUCCUGGCAGGAGCCAUGGAGAACUGGGGGCUUGUCACUUUUAGGGAGACCACCUUACUGUUAGACAACAGUUCUUCCUCUCUCGAGAAACAAGUGGUAGCCUCUGUAAUAGCUCAUGAGCUGGCUCAUCAGUGGUUUGGAAACUUGGUAACCAUGAGCUGGUGGAAUGACCUGUGGCUCAACGAGGGCUUCGCCACCUACAUGGAGUAUAUGUCACUGCAGGAAAUAAUGCCCGACCUCGACACUGGCAAUUUAUUCCUUUCUAUGCGAUUCAGAGCCAUGGACAAAGAUGCACUAAACUCCUCCCACCCUGUGUCAGCAGAGGUUAACACCCCUGAACAAGUGGAAGAAAUGUUUGACUCCGUCUCCUACGAAAAGGGUGCAUCGAUUCUCCUGAUGCUAAAUGCGUCCUUGCCAAAGGAGCAGGAAUUUAAAAAAGGGAUAAUUCAGUAUCUGAAAACAUUUAGUGGAUUAAAUACAGAAACUAAUGACCUUUGGAACAGCCUUACACAGGUUUCCACACAAAGUCAGAAUAUUUCCGAGAUGAUGAGUACAUGGGCAUCACAGAAAGGUUUCCCAUUGGUCACCAUGAGUCGUAAAGGAGAUAAAGUGAUCCUCUCUCAGGAACCCUUCCUGCUCACAUCUGACAGCACCACAAAAGGAUCCAGACUGUGGAACAUUCCCAUCACAUACGUGAAUGACAGCUGCAGUUUGGCCUCUGAGUGCAGACAGAUGUUCACUCUGAAAAGCAAGACAGAAAAUCUCAAGGUGCCAGAAAGUGUGCAGUGGCUAAAACUGAACUACAAGAACACUGGUUUCUACAUUGUCGACUAUGGGAACGAUGGUUGGAAUGCUCUCACUGAUGCCUUGUCCAACAACAGCACUAUUCUCACGCCAGAAGACCGAGCCUCACUAAUACAUAACAUCUUUGCUCUGUCCAGACUGGGACGGGUACCAUUUGAACAAGUCCUUAGCUUGCUAAACGCCAUGUCCAACGAAACGGGGACUGCACCUGUAAAAGAAGCCCUGCUGCAGCUCAACCGCAUCAACAGACUGCUCGAUAAAAGACAGGAGUCUGGCUUGGUAGCUCGCAUGAAGACAUACAUUCUGAAUCAUUUUGGUUCUUUAAUGAAGAAUCAAUCAUGGGAAGAGGAGCAGAGUCUAUCAAAACAGGAACUGCGCUCAAGCCUUGUCUUCACAGCCUGCAUUCUGAAUGAAGAAAGUUGCAUCGACAAAGCCAAAAGCCUGUUCAAACAAUACAAGGACUCCAAUUUCACCAUGAAGAUCCCAGGUGAUUUGCAGCAGGCUGUCUUUACAGUGGCAGCUCAGUCGGAAGAUGACUGGAAAACAUUGCUCACCUUGUACACAACUACCAGCAAUGAUGCUGAGAAGCGGAAGAUACUGAAAGGCCUGGCUUCUACUCAGGACCCGCGUCGUAUUGUAUGGAUUCUGAAGGCCAGUCUGAAUGGCGCUAUCAUCCAGACACAGGAACUGCCUCUGAUCAUCAACACCGUCUGUAACGGUUUUAUUGGUCAUUUGUUUGCUUGGGAUUUUAUUCAAAUAAACUGGGACCGCCUCAUAGAGAAGUUUCCUGUGGGCUCUUUUGCCAUCCAGACAAUCAUCAAAUCCACCACCUCCCAGUUCUCCACACAGGCACAUUUUGACCAGGUCCAGGCUUUCUUCUCCAACCUGAAGCAGCGUGGCUCCCAGAUGAGGAGCGUCCAAGAGGCUCUGGAAACCAUCAGGCUGAACAAACGCUGGAUGGAAAGCAACUUGCAAGCUUUGGGAAAAUGGCUUUAAGAAUGUUAAUUCAACCUGAACUCACCUCAAUAACAAGCAGGUGGGGUGCAUCUUCAAGACGGCAGCAGCGUUUGCACUAUUUUUGGACUCUGUCCCUUAACUCCCAGUAUCUGGAUUAGAGCACUAAUUAAGAGCUCAUUCUGGAUAAAAAGUUUCUGAGAUGAGUCCUGUCAGUUUUACUUGAUAGCUCAGGGUGGUUCUGAUUGUGAGUCUGACUCGCCGGUGUCAGACUCAACAUACACUCCUCGUAUUUUAUGCUGUCGACCAAACCUCCUCCGCAGUUCUCAUCUAAACCUUGUGCUUUAUUAGACAAUCAUGCUUCAAAGAAAGAAACAAACCUCCUGUAGCUCCUGCUGCAUCUCAGGCACCAAGCUGUUUAAGCUAUAAAAUGUCCUCUUGAUAAAUCCAAUUUAAGAUUAAUGUCAACAUCCCUAAUGUAUGUGUGUGAAGACACGGCAGGAGAAACAUGCAGUUGUGUCAAAUAAACCCCUAUUACUCCUUUUACUAGAGCACUUAGCAAUGGGGAUCAUAGGUUAGAUGAUUGAUUGCUUAAAAUGCCAAACUGUUUUGGCAUUAGUUGAAUGUAGUAAGAAACCUUCCCACUGUGUGAAGUCAAGGAUGGACUGAAAACCAGGGCAGAUUUUAAUCACCCAAUGUGUCUUACAGCAGGUGAGAGCAGGCAGCAAACACUGGAGCCAAAUGGUCUCUUUAUUUUAGUUACUCCAACCCUAGCUCUGAUCCAUAUGUUUUAUUCUGCUUUUAUUGCCUCUAACCUUUUUUAUUUUGAGUAUAUACCUGUGUAAAGUGUAACUUUAAUGUAAAUAUGGUCAGCAGUGAGCUUUUGAAAAUGUACAAUUUUAGACAUUGAAUUUGAAUAUUUCACAACCUGGUCUCUGUUGUCUGUGUACAUUGUAAAGUCCAGGUUAUCUUGAGUUAAGGUCAAAGCUUUUUUUGUUACUUCUGUAUUUAGACAACCAAAAAGAAGGUUUUUUUCUCAUGAAUGUUGUGUUACAAGGGCUACUGUGCAUAUUAGAGGUACAAGACAGAUGUUAGAGAUACCAGGCAGAUGUUAGAUUCCAGGCAGAUGUUAUCUGUUCGUACAUGUUGACCGUUUUGUUGUUGCUCUGGUGUUAAGCAGGAGUGUCACGCCUCAGAAUUAGUUAUUUAUUGAAAUGUUUUUAAAGACAAAUCCACGUCCAGAGAGGUACUUUCACUUCCCUGUUGCUACCUUUAUUAACGUUUCCAUUAAAGUUUCUUCUGUUUCACAUGUUUAAAGACUGUGUAUUUACAUAACAGCGAGUGCCACUCCUACCUAUAAAGAUGCUGUAAGAGAUCUGAAGAAAUGUUCCUCUAAAUGGUACCUUGAAAAAGGACGGGUUGACAAAGCUCUUGUCAUUGAUGGAGACAGAGCUGGAUUAAAUAAAUUAUCUAAACUAGGCUGACUGUAUUUUUUGGGCCCCUCUCCAGCGAUGUUAUUUAUGAAUUGUAAUUUAAGUUACCAAAGUUAAUAAUAAAAGUUAAU